AUGACCACUAACGAGAAGUUCUUCACCAAGUUUUCGAAUGGCGUCAAGUUUCCGUUGAUCGGCUAUGGCACAUGGCUAAGUGACAACCCAGAAACGCUGGAAAAGUGUCUGAGAGUCGCGUUGGAUGCUGGUUAUCGGUAUAUCGACACAGCCUACCUCUACAAGAACGAGCACGUGAUUGGGGAGGUGUUGGAAGAGUACUACAAAGCCGGGAAAUUCAAGAGGGAAGACAUCUUCUUGACCACAAAAGUAAGGUGUUUUUAUAGUAUUACUAGCAGAAAAUGGUUGUGAUUUAGAGUAAAUAAGGUUCAUUCUGCCUUUCUGAAGCUGCAACAUUGAUUGUGGUCAAAUUUUUUGGUCAGAUUCAGCUUUUUUUUGAGAUUUUAGGUAUCAACGUCGAAUAUAAUAUAACUUGAUGUCUGAAAUUUGUUUGAUAUUUGAGCUGUGUAUUUUAAGUGACAGAUAAUAAAUUUUUUUGCCUUUUCAAAUAUUUUCCGCGAAAGGAAGUUGUCGAAAAAUUGACUUAUAUUGUUUUAGUUACCUCUCCAAGGUCAUGUCCCCGAAGAUGCCGAAUACUUUAUCCAAUACUCUCUGAAAGCUCUAAAGACUGAUUAUAUCGACCUCUACUUGAUCCACAAUGCUUGUUGUGCAAAGGUAAGAGGUUUAAAAUGGGGUAGUUAAUAUUUAGGUUACCCGAAUAUUAAAAUUUUCUAAUUUUAGAUGGAUCCCAACACCAAAGAGCCCAUUGAAGCCGAGCCAGAGAUCCUCGAGCCCAACAACGUCCCCCAUAUUGACACCUGGAGAGUCUUGGAGAAGUAUUAUAAACAAGGGACCUUCAGAGCGAUUGGUGUCUCCAAUUUCACGGUCCCUCAGUUGGAAGAUCUCUACAAUAAGGCUGAAGUGAAGCCUCAGAAUCUCCAAGUUGAGCUCCACAUCUUCUCCAGAAGACGGGCUUUGGUCGAGUUUUGUGAGAAGCACAACAUUACGGUGACUUCUUACGCAACUUUGGGCUCUCCAGCGAGAAAAACAGGAUUUAUCAAGAACUUUGACGACAAGUGGCCUGAAGCUGAUUGCCUCAACCAUCCGCUGGUCCAGGAGCUGAGCCAGAAAUACAAGAAAACACCGGCUCAGGUAAGGACUUGUAUUAGGUUGUCCAACAAAUAAUGACCCUCUGUGAGAGGGGCAAAGUUUAAAGCCUCUAAAAAAGGCAAGCGAUGAUGGAAUUUCGAAAUAUUAUAUAAUUUUGUAGCUGAGAUUUCAGGCUUUCGUUUGAUGCAUCGUUUGUCAUAUUGGGACCAAAUUACAGUAAUUUAGCCCUAAUCAAAAAUUAUCAAAAAAAAGUCGGUUCGCGCUGUCAUCUUUUACGGGCAAAAACAGGAUGCGAAAGUUUCAGAAGCUACGCAAAGUAUCAACGCUAUGUUCGACUAGUGUGUUCUGAGUCUGAACACGGUGAAACGAUGGAUUUAAAAAUUACGAUUUGACGGCAAGGGACACAAAGAUAAAGUACGGAAUCCGAACUUUAUCAAUUUACCCUGAGGUCGUCGGUUGACGAAUAUCCUAGAAUCAAUAUUCAACGCGUCUCUGACAUUGUCUGGCUGCUGAAAUAAUCGGCGGCUAACCAUUUGAUGUCGAUGGAAUUCAAAAAAUGCUCGGCAACUUUUUCCCAUGUUAUUGGGUCAAAGCAAAGAUUGGAAUCUUUACAUUUCUCGCGUUUGCGUUCCGUUUUCUGGAUCGAAACGUUGCCUCUGAUGAAAAGAGGACCUACUGGGACAACCAGACCAGAUAUGCUGAACGGAGUCCUCCGAGGGUAUCACUGCGGCACUUGUCAAAGCCCGACUCCCCCCAAAACAAGGUGAUGACUAGUUCUUGAUGGUGCAGCAUGGGAAAUAGUACAACACAGCUUCUUGAAAGCUGGCCAAAAUGUAGAUACCAUCCCCUACUGUAUCCAGAUAGACAGUUUGUGGCAGCGUCUGUCUUCAACGAUGCGCCGCAGAAGUCCAAAAAUUCUUAGCGGCUACACGGAACGUCCCCUUUGAAAGAUGACCCUCCAGAAGCCGAUUUAAUAGAGAUACGAGACUUUCCCUCGUCCAGCCUAUUUGUCAAAGCUGGCCUAUUCACAUUACCAUCAGUUCAAGAAUCUAGCACGUUUCACCAGUGGUAGGGAAUUCGACAAUCAAGACACCCUUCAAAAGGCCUUAAAAAGUUUCAUCGGCUCCAGAAGCCAGGGUUGCAAAGCUACAGACAUAAAAAAAAUUUUGGCACGUCGUAACAAGCGUGAUAAAGCGCAUGAUAAUUAUUUUGAUUAAAUAGAUCGCAGUUAUUGCGGUAAAUUUUACCAAAAAAAUAAAUUUUUCGAAGAGGGUCAUUAUUUGUUGGACAACCUAAUAAAUUUGAGGUUUUUUUUAUUUUUUAGGUAUCUUAAGUAAUGUAAUUGAUAAAGAUGACCGUCUUUUUAGUUUAUGAUCUGAAUGUUGUUAGGAGGUACUAGAAAAAUCAUGGGUUUUCAAAAUUUCUUUGAAUUUUUACUUUUGCUUAGGAAUUUUUACUUCAGCCUGCCGAUUGAUACAUAAUAAAAAGUUUUUUUGCAGAUUUUGCUCCGCCAUUUGAUCCAUUUGAAGAUCAGUGUGAUCCCCAAGAGUCUGACGCCCUCCAGAAUCCAGGAGAACUUUGAUGUCUUCGAUUUUGACCUGUCAGAAGAGGAUAUCAAGAGAUUCGAUGAGAUUAAAGAGGACAUCCGACUGUUUAUCUAUCCUCAUUUGAAGAAGAGCGCAUUCUUCCCGUGCUAUGACUAA